CAGUUCCAACUCCAGUUCCAGCUCCAGCUCCUGCACAGUUCCAGCUCCAGCUCCAGCUAAGUUCCAAAUCCAGUUCCAACUCCCGUUCCAGCUCCAGUUCCAGUUGAAGUUCAGUUCCAGUUCCAGUUGCUCAGCAGAGGAAUUAAAAUCGAGCAGCUGAGACGUGUCGAGCUCAUAUCCUCCAUGAGAUGGACCCAACAUGGACGACCACUGUCCUCCUGGUGCCCUGUGUUGUCGUGCUGACAGCUGGAUUUUUUUACCUGUACAGUUUCAUUGUUGGGCUUUUGACCAAAACAUCAGUACGCAAUAAGGUGGUGGUGAUAACGGACGCUUUAUCUGGGCUCGGAAAAGAAUGUGCAGGUGUUUUUCACAAAGGAGGAGCGAGGUUGAUCCUCUGCGGGAAAACCUGGGAGAAACUUGAAGAACUUGCUGAUGAUUUGGUGAACGCCUCAGACCCCACUGUAACGUUUCAUCCAAAGCUGGUGCUGGUGGAUUUCAGUGACAUGGACAGUAUGCCCGACGUGAUCGCAGAGAUCCUGGACUGUUACGGCUGCCUGGACGUCCUCAUCCUCAACAGCAGCAUGAAGGUCAAAGCACCAGCGCAGAGUCUGUCUCUGGAGAUGGACAAGCUACUGAUGGACAACAAUUACUUUGGACCAGUCACACUUGCUAAAGGUGUGCUGCCGUCCAUGAUCUCCAGAAGAACUGGUCAUCUGCUCCUGGUCAACAGCAUCCAAGGGAAAAUCGCUGUUCCUUUUCGAACAACAUACGCUGCCUCCAAACAUGCAGUCCAGGCCUUCUUCGACUGCCUGAGAGCAGAGGUGGAGGAGUACGGCAUCUCCAUCAGCACCAUUAACCACACCUUCAUCAGCCGCUCAGCGUCCGAAAACACAGGCGCAGCCUCCUCCAAAUCCCUCUGGUCACUGUUGUACACCAGGAAACCACUUGGCGUCUCUCCAGAUGAGGCCGCCACUGAGAUCGUCAAGACUUUAAGUAACAAGAGGAAGGAGGUGGUUAUUGCUCCCUCCCUCCCCAAGGUGGCAGUCUAUAUCAGGUCCUUCUUCCCAGAGAUUUUCUUUGCCGUGAUGGCUGCAGGAGUGAACAACGCCGCCGCCGCCGAACACUCGGAGAAGAUGUAGAAUACGUUAGCUGAAGAAAAAGAAUUUCAAUUAAUCAAUUAUUUCUUUUUUACUUUUUUGUCAGAAGUUACAUUUGGAGAAUAUUAGGUGACCUCAGCAUGCACAUGGCCACAUUGUAAUUUAAACAUAUUAAUCUAAUGAUAUUUACAGUAUAAUGCAGCUCAUCCCCAGUAAAAAAAAGAAUACUUCUUUAGUAAAUAUAAUAACUUGUGGAAUAUGUUGUAAAAAACACAUUUACACAUUUAGUGUUAUUCUUGUUUAGCUUUAACUCAUUUCAUUUAGUGUUGUACAUUUUGGAUUUGUUUUAAAGUUGGACAUAUUGAUGUAUGUUCUGCUUACUGUACAUAUAUUUAACAUUAAAUCUUGUUUAAAAAUGA